AUGGUCAGGCUCAUUACGUCUCAGGCUCGCCAAGUCACAGGUAAAAACCUACUGACUCGCCUAUUCUCUGUUUCGGCACGUUUGCGAGAGAUUAGAGAUGUACAAACUCUCCCGCGACGGCUUCUUCCAUUAUAUCAAGAGUCCGGAGGCAGUGAUCUUUUGUCCCUUCAAUGGCCGUCCCCUCCACGCAAUAUCUUGAUUGUGAAAAAACUCAGCGCCCCGGCAGUGACGCGAUCUCUAAUAGAAUUCGUCAAUCACAUAAUGUCCACAUAUCCCGCUCUGUCUAUUAUUUUAGAACCAAAGACUGCGGCAGAAGUUCAUGCAUCCUUUUCAAUACCAGUAUACACAUCAACGUCUAAUAAACCUUUAUCGGCCUCAACACACGAAAAGGUCGAUAUGGUGGUCACCCUUGGGGGAGAUGGCACCAUCCUUCGAGCCUCCUCUUUGUUUGCAACCUGCCAUAACGUUCCUCCCAUGCUGUCGUUCAGUAUGGGCACCUUAGGGUUUCUCGGAGAAUGGAAGUUUGAGGAAUAUAAACGUGCUUUUCGGGAGGUUUAUAUGUCUGGCUCCGGGGCUGGUGACCGCACAUCGGUCUUGGAUGACAUAAAACCUACUGUUGCAGAUGAAGAAGCGGAAUCUCAGAUGGGACCUACAGGGUGGUCGUCUAUUCGUGGGAAAUCUAUGGGCUCUACACGAGGAGCUCGUAUACUAAUGCGCAAUCGCCUACGCGUUGGUCUUUUCACGCCGGAUGGAAAAUUAAUCAAUACCCCGACACAGGAUAGCCCUGAUGAUACUGAGGCGGCUAAUGGGCGUGUUUAUGCUCUAAACGAGGUGCUAAUCCACCGCGGAAAGGAGCCACAUUUGGCAGUGUUAGAUGUGUUUGUCGGCGGACGUUUCCUCACUGAGGCUGUGGCCGAUGGCAUGAUCGUUUCGACGCCGACCGGGAGUACGGCGUAUAGCUUGAGUAGUGGAGGAAGUAUCGUACAUCCUUUGGUUCCGUCGCUUCUUCUGACUCCGGUAUGUGCCCGAAGCUUGAGUUUUCGACCUCUGGUCCUACCUUCGAGCACUCCCGUCACACUGCGACUGAGCUCCAAGAAUCGAGGCAGGGAAGUGGAAGUAAGUAUCGACGGUAAGAAUAUGGGCCAGGGCAUGGCGGUCGGAAUGGAGGUACGUGUAUGGGAUGAGGAGAUUCGACAUGGAAAGAAUGAUUGGCGUGGAGGGGUGCCUUGUGUGAUGAGGAGGACGAUUGGCGUAACGGAUGAUGGAUGGGUCGGUGGUCUGAAUUCGUUACUCAAAUUUAACUAUCCCUUCGGAGCUGAUUAG